CGUUUAGCGACCGACGCAUUUUGACAGGUGAAAUGUGAACGGAAUUUUUAUUUUUUUUUAUUAACCACUAGCAACAAUCGUUCGUUUCUUUCUUUCUUUCUUUCUUAAUUUCACAAUAUAAAAAAUGUGGCACGAAGCGAGGCGUCAAGAACGGAAGAUCCGUGGCAUGCUGGUGGACUAUCGAAGGCGAGCUGAAAGAAGACGGGAUUUCUAUGAGAAAAUCAAGGCAGAUCCGACACAGUUUCUGCAAGUGCACGGUCGCCAAUGCAAAAUUCACUUGGACCCUUCGAUAGCAGCAGCUGCUGACAGCGCUUCAGCAAUGAUGCCGUGGCAAGGACAAGCUGAUAAUUUAAUUGAUCGUUUUGACGUGAGAGCCCAUCUGGAUUAUAUCCCUCCAGUGAAAAAAGAAGAUGACGAAGAACUCACGUUUGAAGAGCGCCAAAUCAACUACGAACGCUACAGAAUAAUCGCGCAGAACUCCUUCUUAGGUAUCAAUGAGGAGAAGUUCCUCAAACAACUCCAUCUUGAGGAACAGUUUGGCUACACAGAGAGCAAAAGCAAGAAGGAUCAGCGCAGCGGGGGCACCAGUAUCGGGUUCAAUUACGAAGACAAUACCGCACAAACUCUGGGACCAGAUUAUCACAAUGAUAACGACUCUGAAGGCAACUCAGACAGCGAUCUGGACGUCGAUUUAUCCAUCAACGUGUCAAAAAUGGACUCUACACAAGCGCACGAGAUGAACCGGCACGGGCGGAAUUUCGGGAUGAGUUCCAACGAUUUUUAUUCAUUCCUGACGAACGAUCUCGAGGAGGCGGAGAGUUUCCGGCUGGCGAAGGAGGAGGAGCACGAGAAGGCUCUGUUUUCGGGGCGCAAAUCCAGGCGGGAGCGCCGGGCGCAUCGGGAGAAGCGGCUGGCGAAUAGGGUGAUAAGUCCCCCGAGUUACGCGGCCCGGACUUCGCCUACGUAUCCUUCGUUCAGGAAAAGCAAGUCGCCGUCGAAGUCGCCGUCGCCGGAAAAUGCGGGAAAAAUUACGUAUAUUACGAGUUUCGGGGACGAGGAGGAGAGUCCGUCGACGAGUAAAUCGAAUGAGAAGAAGUCUAAGAGCAGAAGGAGGAACGAGAGUUCGGAACGGGUGGUGUACAUAAGUAAGAGGAGGAGUUACAGUAAGGAGAAGAGUCACAGGAGGCGAAAGUCGCGAAGUCGCUCCAAGACGAGGAGGAGGAGUUAUUCUAGAGAUAGGUACCGAAAGUCGCGUUCCCGCUCCAAAGGUCGCAGCCGCUACCGCCGCCGUCAUUCCUCGACUUCUUCGUCCGUGUCGUCGUCGUCUUCUUCUUCGUCGUCUUCGCCAAGCAAGUCGCGUUCGUCUUCGCCUAGGUACAGAAAAAUGUCGCCACCGUCGACACGUUCCGCCUCGCCCGUGAAGAGCAAAUCCCGGAGCCCCCUGAAGCACGAGUCGCCGCCCAAGGUCAUCCCCAGGUACUACGGCAGGAAAAAAAGCGACCAGAGUUCGUCAGAACUGAGCGAUAGCAGCGUGAAGGAUGUCGACAUGAAAGUGGCCAAUAGCCCAGUCAACAGCGAAAAAUGGUCUGGCUAUGGUAAUUCAGGCAUCGUGACCAAAAAAACGGGGCAGAAUUUGAGCAUUCAAGAGCGGCUUAAGCGGAAGCGGCAGGCGCUCCUAAAUAAGCAAUUUAAGGCCGACAAAAUCGCGGAACAGUUGAAAACCGAACGCGAAAAACAAGAGCAGCAACACAGAGAAGACGAGCUCAGAGAAAUGGCAAUCAAAUUGCGCAGGAGGCAAAGAGAAAAGCGUCAUGCUUAUGACAGUAACAAAAGCUCGAGCAGCUCCGAUUCGGAAUCGAGCAAGAGCAAAAGUCCUCCGCCGACAGUCGAAAAUAAGCCCAAAAGCCCUAGUCCUCACGUCACCAAAAGGGACGACUACCGGGAAAGGGAGUCCAGAAGAUUUGAACGAAGAGACGGCAGCAGGGAGAGGAGAGAACACAGCCGGGAAAGAAGAAACUCAAGGUCGCCGAGACGGUGUAGUGAAAAAAGAACUGUGUAUAGGGAUAGAAGGGAGCGGCGGAGGGAGGAUUAUGAACGGGAUAGGGAUUAUAGAAGGGAUAGUUAUGAUCGGGAACGUGAUAGGGACAGGAGAGAGGAACGCAGUGGCAGGUCUUUAGUGGAUUACUGAUUUGAAUUAUGAUUGAGUAAUUGUAAUAAAGUUGUUCAGUAGCGCCAACAGUUUUUGUUGAAGUGUAGAAAAGGACUUGUAAUAAGGGGUAGGAAAAAAUAAAGGUUGAGGAAGUUACA